AUGGAGGAAGAAACCAAUCGACAGCCCACCUUCCUUGAUGUACUCGUACAGAAAGAUAGUAACGACAAACUCCAGACCACUGUGUAUCGGAAACCUACCCACACAGAUCAAUACAUACACUAUGCCUCCAACCAUCCACCUCAAGUCAAGAAAGGAAUUGUUUCAACCCCAGCAAGACGAGCUCAAAACAUCUGUUCCACGAAGCAACAUCUAACUACUGAACUAAACCAGCUCAAACAAGUAUUUACACAGUAUAACCUCUAUCCUGAGCAACUAGUACAACAGACGAUACAGAACAUCACCAAGAAAUCUCGGAAAUCCCCCUGUCAACAGUCUGCGCCCUUUGUAAUCAGCCUCCCUUACUUUGGAACAGUAAGCCACAAAAUCCAGAGACUCUUAAAGAAACAGGCCAACAUUGAUGUAAUUUUCAAGAGAGGUCAUACCAUUCAGAACAAUUAA